AUGAUCUCAGAAGAUGACGCCGAGGGCAACACCGCGCCCCCCAAGAAGAAACGCUCCAGGAAAUCUGUCACAGAGGGUGACCAGAAUUCCUCACCGGCCGGGUCCAAGAAACGCAAACGCUCCGAGACUGCAGAGCCCCGUCGCUCCCGAAAGCGUGCACCCUCUCCUCCACCUUUCGACGCAGAGGCCGACCCCGGCGAGGAACUCGACCCCACAGCGAUCACGAUGGCUGCGCUCUGCGAUGAUAACGGCCGUGGGCGAGUGAGCAGCAAAGCAGCCCAGAUCGUCAGUAAUCACGCCGCUUGGCGUGCGUCGAACCGGGACAAGCGGGCUCGUAUGAAGAUGGCUAUGGAGGCGAAGAAGUAUGGCAGGGACGCAGAAGAGGAGGAUGGCGCAACUCGGAGCGCAAGUCAGAAGCCGGCUGAACAGGACGAUCCGGGAUCAGCCUCGCGCGCAGCAUCCGUUGCAUUGGAUGUAAACGCACCAGCCUUGGCCGCAGACGAGGAUGAAGCGGCUGAGAAGGGCGUCGAUGGCUUCGACUACGGUGCAGAUAUGGCAGUCAGCCGGUUCAACGUCCAGGUUCGCAUAGGCGCGAAUGGCGAGACGAUCAUCGACGAGCAAUCGCUGUUCGUCAACCGCGAUGAAGAACACCAGACCGACGACUACACACAUGUGGAAGAGUCAGACUUUACGAAGUUCGUAAACUCGGCAACGUACAGCAAGAAACUUCGGGGAUCUCGCUGGAGUGCCGAAGAGACUGAACUGUUUUACGACGCGCUUUCGCAGUUCGGUGAGAACUACGAACUCAUCUCGUACGUCCUCCCCGGACGGGAUCGCAAGGCGUGCAAGAACAAGUUCAAAGCUGAGGACAAGAAGAACUCCGCGAGAAUCACGUAUUGCCUCAAUAAUCGCACACCCUAUGAUAUCGAGACGCUGUCCCGCAUGACUGGCAAGGACUUCUCUGGACCAACCCCCGAGAUCCGUGCGCCAACACCACUGCGCUCAACAGAGCUUGAAACUGCCUCGGAGCUUCCCGCCCCCUCAUCUACUCGGACGAUUCGAAAGAAGAGCAGAACGCCGAGCGCCGCUGAGGCCGGCGUGGAGAUUGUUGGCGACAUCGAUGAGGUUGAGAAGGAAGACUUCCAACAGAUAGGACCAGAUGGAAUGCUAGUUGGGGUCUGAACGCAAGCG